AUGGCGUGGAGAAGUCAUGGGGUAAAUAAUGCUGAUAUGAUCAAAAAUCUAAGAGCCAAUGGAAUAAUUAAAUCUGAUGUUGUAGCAAAUGCUAUGAAUGCGGUUGAUAGAAAGAAUUAUUGUCCUUAUGCUCCAUAUCAAGACUCUCCACAAUCUAUAGGAUAUUCAGCUACAAUUAGUGCUCCACAUAUGCAUGCACAUGCCUUAGAAAUAUUGAAACAUCAGCUAAUUCCUGGAGAGAAAGCCCUGGAUGUAGGUUCUGGUUCAGGUUACCUAACAGCUUGCAUGGCCAUUAUGCUUGGGGAGACAGGGAGGGUUAUAGGGAUUGAUCAUAUCUCAGAACUUGUGGCACUUGCUACAAAAAACAUUCAAAAUGGCAAUCCAGAUUUACUGACUUCAGGAAGAAUUAAACUUAUUGCUGGCGAUGGUCGUGUAGGAUAUCCCGAAGAAGCCCCCUACAAUGCUAUUCAUGUCGGAGCAGCAGCACCAACAUUGCCCCAAGCUCUAAUAGAUCAGCUAAAACCUGGAGGACGUCUUAUUGUGCCGGUGGGACCUGAGGGGGGUGAUCAACAUCUUACUCAGGUCGACAAAGCAGCCGACGGUUCGACAACGAUCAAGAAACUUAUGAGUGUGAUCUACGUUCCACUCACUGAUAAGAGUCAUCAAUAUCGUAAGUGA